AUGACCAAUCAAAUGCAGCUUGAGCACUCUGAUCGUUGGCUUUAAAGACCCGUUUAAAAAUAUCGUUUCGUUCUUGAACGACACAUCACUACACCAGUGGACACGGGGGAUGGGCCGUUAAGUGAAUACAAGUAGCGCUCGACUGUCGGAGAUAGAGGGGCGAGCCAGUGAGAAUGGCGAUACCGCAUGUAGGGGCUGUGUUUGCAGCCAUAGCAGGAGUGAUGGCCAUCCUGUUACACUCAUCCAUUCACAAAAUAGAGGAAGGACACCUUGCUGUUUACUACAGAGGUGGGGCUUUGCUGACAGGCCCUAAUGGUCCUGGAUAUCAUAUUAUGCUGCCUUUCAUCACAACCUUCAGAUCAGUGCAGACUACACUCCAGACCGAUGAGAUCAAGAAUGUACCUUGUGGAACAAGUGGUGGGGUGAUGAUCUACUUUGACCGAAUAGAGGUUGUCAACAUGCUUGUCACCUCAGCAGUGUUGGAUAUUGUGAGGAACUACACGGCCGACUACGACAAAACUCUAAUUUUCAACAAGAUUCACCACGAACUUAACCAGUUUUGCAGCGUGCACACCCUUCAGGAGGUCUACAUAGAGCUGUUUGAUAUUAUUGAUGAGAACCUGAAGACUGCACUGCAGAAAGAUCUUAAUGCCAUGGCCCCUGGACUUACCAUACAGGCUGUCCGUGUUACCAAGCCAAAGAUCCCAGAGUCUAUCAGGCGGAACUUUGAACUUAUGGAAGCCGAGAAGACCCGUCUGUUAAUUACCGUUCAGACUCAGAAGGUGGUCGAAAAAGAGGCAGAGACUGAGAGGAAGAAGGCCAUUAUUGAGGCUCAAAAGGUGGCUGAGGUUGCGGAGAUCCAUUUCAAGCAGAAAGUGAUGGAGAAGGAGACGGAGAAGAAGAUCUCCGAAAUAGAGGACUUUGCCUUUCUUGCAAGGGAGAAGGCCAAGGCAGAUGCAGAGUUUUACACUGCUGCCAAAUCAGCUGAAGCUAACCAGCUGAAGUUAACCCCAGAGUACUUGGAGCUGAUGAAGUUCCAGUCCAUAGCAGCGAACAGUAAGAUCUACUUUGGCCAAGACAUCCCUAAUAUGUUUGUGGAGGGAAGCCUCCAAGCCGAAAACAAGCCAUAGGAGGCGCACUUGCUAAAAGCUGCAAGUCAGACCCGCAGGUGUUCCUGUUUACAGUAGAACUGGAGCUGGCAGGUGGGCUUGAAGACUCAAGUCUUAAAUUGCAAAGAGAUUUACAAUAAUCUACAAACAGAAGUGACAUUUCGGAAGACAAUAAAAGGGAAUGUUUUUUUUUGGUUUGUGGAUAUUAUUUUGAAUAAAUGUCCAGUUGAGGCGGGAAGCUUUAUUUUGUACUUUAAAAAAAAUUACAAAUUCAUAGUGAUUUAAAAAAAGCUUCCAUCUACAAGGCGACAGCACAGCAAAGAAAAUUUACAUGCGCUUGCAUCUGUUAAACUUUGCUUUUGGAUUUGCGCUAACCACGUGGUAUGCAAGGUGAUUGUUGACAUGGGAAGCUAAUGAGUAUCUGGACUGGAAUGCAGCAAGUGACACUAAUUACAAGCAGGAGGAGGAUCUGUUUGUUUCUUUUACUUACACACACACACUGCUGGUUGGUCUAUUUCGUUUGUGUUAAAUGCCUUGUAACUUGUUUUUGUUUGUACGUCAAACAAGACACAUUGCACUGUUCUCCUCCUGAACAAUGAUUACAUUGUGCUGCUAUAACAAAGCAGACUUUUUUCCCCCCGACCCUGAAUUUUAAGUUGACUACUUUCCACUGGAAGAGGUUGUGACUUCCUGUCCUUGUUGGUCCGCUGCUUCGGGUUUUGAGCGUUUUACUUAGGCCUGAUUCUGGUGAUAAAAGUAGUGCCUGCAAUUAGCUGCCACCUUUUACAGCUUUUUCACACGCGGUGGUUAACGGUUCAUUCUCAGGAACUUUAUCUGAAGAGACUGGUUGUCUUUAAAAAAAAAAGUCAGCCAGGACUUUUGGCUUAAUUUGCUUCCUGCUGUUUAUACUGGAUCAUAACGCCACCAGGACAGGUUUUCAUUGUCAAAACUGGACAUCCAAUAGUUGUCCAGGUUGAUAUUUUUUGUGGGGAAAAUUAAGUUACCAGUUAUUGAUAAACUGCACAUACAGGCCUGCUAAGUUUCUCAGUUAACACAAUGAAUACUUGUAUUGUUUCGCUAUUUUUGCUAAGAACUUAACUUGCAAGCCAGGGCUACUAUUACUUUUUUCUACAUUUUUUUUUUUUUUUUUUUAAUGAUUUCAGGUUUGUCACACUGUCCUGCCUUACGGUAGACUGGAGUUAAAAGAAAGUACUUGUGUAAAGAGACAGUUUUGAUGUUUACGUGACCUCUGAAUGGCCGCACUCUUCCUCUGCUGUUUGCUGGUGGCAGGUUCAAUUAACGAUGCAAAUGAGGGGUUUAAAUCACUCAAAAUUGAGUUAUUUUUAUUUUGUGGGAAAAAAAAGAAGUAAUCUGUGAAAUCUGAAAUGUUCUUGUUUUAAGAGGUUUAUAUGCAAAAUGUUUUGACAAUGUUCUUAAAUAAAGCCUAUUUUGGUACCUAU